AUGAUGGAUGCCGAUGUCAAUGCGAUCGAUAUCGAUGAUGAUGAUGACGAAGAUGCUGGUAUAUUCAGCAUCGACAAUGACUAUCACAGUGAGGACGAUGACACCCUCACUGGUGAAGACAACGUUCUUUCAGCAGUGCACACGAAGCGCACUCAUGUAAACAAGGAUAUUCAGCAGAGGAAUUUCUGCUGA